AAAAACCUCACAAAACGACGACUCUUUAAAAUUACUAAAUUAACCAUGAUUAAAAAAAAAGAACAAAAAAAGAAACUGAAUAAAAGAAAGAGAGACUGAUAGUUUGCGUCUCGUUCUCUUUCGCUCCAACGAGCUCCAUUAUUUUUUCCCACUCUUUGGAGGCGUUUGUUUCUCUCAGUAAGCUGAGUUUGGAUUCGCAUUAGGGCUAAAUUUAGGAAAUACCGAAACGGCCAAAGAGACAAGAAUUCCCGUCAGAAAAAAAUCAAUUUCUUUAGCAUUUCGGACUGCCAUUGAAACUCUUUCUCUUUGCAUUGAAGAUAGAGAAGAAUCUUCGUGAGGUCAUAAACAUUCCUUGAAAGUGACUGCCAAUUCUCAAUUUCCAAGAUGAUGAUUGUAGUGUAAUUUUGUGUGGUCAUUGUGUUCUGUACGAGCCCAGCAAGACAUAUUGCUUUGUUCAACGCUCUGAAUCUUUAUGCAUUAACCGACUUUUGCAGAAAAAGUUAUUUUUGGCUCAAAAACAAAGUGGCAAUGAUUAAUGGUCUUGAUUGGAGCAUACUGAAUUCUUCAUAAAUGGUCAGAUUAUAAUAUUUUCCUUGAAGGCGGGUUUGGGAAGACAUUAGGGUGAGGUUCAAGUAUGGGAGCCGUUGGUGGCGAGGAGCCAACUCCAGGGCCGGGUGGCAAUGAGAAAAUCUUUGUUUCGGUUCGGCUUCGUCCUCUAAACGAGAAGGAAGCUGAGAGGAAUGAUGUUUCGGAUUGGGAAUGCAUCAAUGAUAACACUAUCAUCUACAGGAACAACCUCUCACUUUCCGAGCGCUCCAUGUACCCAACUGCCUAUACAUUUGAUAGAGUAUUUAGGUUUGAUUGCUCCACGAGGCGGGUGUAUGAAGAAGCAGCCAAGGAAGUUGCUCUUUCGGUGGUCAAUGGUAUAAACUCAAGUAUUUUUGCAUAUGGACAAACAAGCAGCGGAAAGACAUACACCAUGAGUGGAAUUACUGAGUACACUGUUGCAGAUAUAUAUGACUACAUAAACAAUCACAAAGAAAGAGAAUUUUGUUUGAAGUUCUCUGCUAUGGAGAUAUAUAACGAAUCGGUCAGAGACCUCCUUAGUGCAGAUAGCACUCCACUUAGACUUCUUGAUGAUCCGGAGAGAGGGACAAUUGUCGAGCGACUCACAGAGGAAACUCUGAGGGAUUGGAAUCAUUUCAGAGAACUUCUAUCUAUCUGUGAAGCUCAAAGACAGAUAGGUGAGACUUCCCUAAAUGAAGCAAGCUCCAGAUCUCAUCAGAUUCUCAGACUGACGGUUGAAAGUUCAGCACGUGAAUUUCUUGGCAAUGACAAGUCAAGCUCCCUUACAGCUACUGUGAACUUUGUUGAUCUUGCAGGAAGUGAACGUGCAUCUCAAACAUUAUCAGCUGGCACUAGGUUGAAAGAAGGUUGUCAUAUAAAUCGGAGUUUAUUAACUCUGGGCACUGUAAUCCGGAAGCUCAGCAAGGGAAGAAAUGGACAUGUUCCUUACAGAGAUUCAAAGCUAACUCGCAUACUGCAAUCGUCCUUGGGGGGAAAUGCCAGAACUGCCAUCAUCUGUACUUUGAGUCCUGCACGAAGUCAUGUUGAGCAAUCUAGAAACACCCUUUUGUUUGCAAGCUGUGCUAAAGAAGUCACAACCAAUGCACAAGUCAAUGUAGUCAUGUCUGAUAAAGCAUUGGUGAAGCAUUUGCAAAGAGAAUUGUCUAGAUUGGAGUCUGAAUUGAGAAGUGGAGGACUAAUUAACAAUCCAUCUGAUAGUGCUGCAUUACUGAGAGAAAAGGAUCUUCAAAUUGAAAAGCUCUUGAAGGAGUUAUCAGAGGUAUCUCUACAACGAGAUCUUGCUCAGGCUCAGGUUAAAGAUCUGCUGCAAGUAGUUGGAGAUGAUAAAUCAUCUAUGGUAUCGGUGGAUAUGGAUCAUUACUACCCCAAACUGCGAGUGCGAAAUUCAUGGGACUUUGAAAAUCAAACAUCAGGGAAACUUGCUUUUGCUCACUCUCAAAGCAUAAAUGACAGUGUCAGAUCUUAUGAAAUUGAAACAUCACAGAACUCAGAUGCACAGAGCAGGAGCAGUUCUGAUGAGAUUUUUCUACAAAUUCCUGAACUUGAGGAGACUUUUCUGCACAAUGAUUCCUCUCCACGGUUGUCAGUUGGUGUUCCUAAUUAUGUUGAAAUUGAUCUGUACCAGGAAGAAACCAAAGAACAGUCUGGUGAAAAUUUAGAUGAUCUUUACAAGGAAGCUGAGACGGAAGAUUCAAGCACAAAUAGAUAUGUAGAGUCAAACAUGUCAGAUUCAAGCCUAACCAGAUGCGUUAAUUCAAAUGCAUCAUCUCCUGUAGCAAACACAGCUACUUCAGUAUUGACGAUUGUUGAUAAUGGAGAUAACUCAAAUCAAGAAUUCUUAGAAACCUCCUCAAUUAAGGAAGAUAAAACGGUGAAUGGCUUCCAAUCAAGUUUUAUAAUUCCGUCUCCUGAAAAAACAUCUGAAUGGGUAUCUGGCUCCACAUUCUUGAAGUUGCCGAGGAGUAGAAGUUGUAAAGCAAGUCUAACAACUACUUUAUCUCCAGAUUGGUUUGAGAAAGUAGAAAGGAUUCAGAGCACACCACCAGUUACAUUUGAGAAAAAUUUCACAGGAAGACCAGAGGGUUUGCAAAAGAAGCUUCCUGCAUUAAACUAUGGUGAUGACAACAAAAGAUUGUCAAGAAAUGGUUCUAAGGCUUCUGCAAGGAGUGCUGCUGUCGAUGAGCCGCAGUCACCGAAAACCGUAUCUACAAAGGAUGACAACAUCACCAACAUUGACAGUUCAGCUGAUGGAACAGUGGAAAAAUCUGUUCUCUCAACUCCAAUUGAGGAACCUCUUGCUGAUUCAAAGUUCCCAGAGAAAGAAUUAAAACCUGUACCAUAUGCAAAGAAUGUAAAAGAUGUUGGGUUGGACCCAAUUUCCAUUGAAGAAGGAAAUCCUCCAAAAUGGCCUUCAGAAUUUAAGAGGCUCCAAAAAGAGAUUAUUGAACUUUGGCAUGCUUGCAAUGUGUCAUUGGUCCACAGAACUUACUUCUUCCUGCUAUUUAAAGGCGAUCCAUCUGAUUCUAUCUACAUGGAGGUAGAACUGAGAAGAUUGACCUUCAUAAGGGACAUAUUUUCUCGAGGUAAUCAAACCGUGGAAGAUGGUCGAACUCUAACUCUUGCAUCAAGCAUAAAGGCUCUGUCUCUUGAGAGGCAGAUGCUGAGCAAUCAAAUUCAGAAGAAGCUCUCUAAAACUGAAAGAGAAAACAUCUACCUAAAGUGGGGCAUUGGUUUGAAUACAAAACACAGGAAGUUGCAAUUGGCCCACCGUUUGUGGACUGACACGAAAGACAUGAACCACAUCACUGAGAGUGCCACCAUUGUUGCGAAGCUGGCGGGAUCAGGAAAGCCACAAGCAUUCAAGGAGAUGUUUGGACUCAGAUUUACACCCAGACGCACAAGCCGGAAAUAUCAUAGCCGAUUGAGGCAGAGGAUGAAGUCUCUCGUUUAAGCUUUGCUGUGGCUAUAGCCUGUGCAGUGAUUCCCUGGGGUCCAUUUACAUAGAUGAGUAUGGAUUCUUUCUUCUUCAUUUCUCCUUUUUUAAACAAAAGUCCAUUUUACAUGUUCCAUUUCUGAUUGUAAUUGAUUGUAAGAAAGCUUGUAAAUUUGGUUGUAAUUAGUAGAAGUGAUGUAAUUGUAAUACUAAUGCCGAUGUUAUAGUCGUUUCUUGCACUUCCAUUCAACAAAUAUUAAGGUUAAAUAUGAGAGUGUAAAAUAUAUGGCUAUUCAACAACUAUUGCAACUUUUUGGUUAUUUUAUUUUUAUUAUUACUAUUAUUUUUUCUUUUUA